AAUGCCUUGCUUUGUCUGUGUUUACUUUGAGGCCAGUCUUGGUCUGCAGACAGCGAUCAAUGCAGCACUUUUAACGAGCAAGCUAUGGUGUUUUAUGCAUUCAAUUAUAAACAAUGAACAAUGGAUAAAGCAGACGCCAUUGCUAGUAUCCAAACCUGAAUAUUUCCAUAACAAAUAUUCAAGCUGUUCACCGUUAUAUGGUCGUUGA